GUAGGAAGAUCACGGAAGUUUGGUCUUAGCGUAACUUCUGACGUGUCAAAUUGUCGCCAUUUUCCUGUUGAAGGAAACGCCUUGAAGAGUGAAGGGAACAUAUCGGCCGGUCUUUUUAGGACAAAGUCGGUUUCCCCUCACAGCCGCCAUGGGGAAUGUGUUUGCGCAGCUCUUUGGCAGUUUUUUUGGGAAGAAGGAGAUGCGGAUCCUUAUGGUGGGUUUGGAUGCUGCUGGCAAGACAACGAUUUUGUACAAGCUCAAACUUGGAGAGGUUGUGACUACUAUUCCUACGAUAGGUUUUAAUGUAGAGACAGUUGAGUACAAGAACAUCAGUUUCACAGUAUGGGAUGUCGGUGGUCAAGACAAAAUCCGGCCGUUGUGGCGUCAUUACUUCCAAAACACACAAGGUCUCAUCUUUGUUGUGGACAGCAACGACAGAGAGCGAGUAGCCGAGUCCCGUGAAGAGCUCCACAGAAUGUUGGGAGAAGACGAACUACGUGACGCGGUCCUGUUAGUGUUUGCUAACAAGCAAGACCUUCCAAAUGCAAUGAAUGCAGCAGAACUUACAGACAAACUGCAGCUUCAUAACCUAAAAGACAGACACUGGUUCAUCCAGGCAACCUGUGCCACCAGCGGGGAUGGGCUCUUUGAAGGACUUGAGUGGUUGUCUUUUGAGCUCAAAAAACGUUAAUAACGACCAGCUAUCCACCAAAUGUCUGUCUUUGCUCUGUACUCAUAAGGUGUCGAAAACUGAGCUAACCUGUCCAAAAAAAAAAAAAAGACUGGAAGCUGCCUUUACUUCCACCACCUUAGAAAUACAGACUUGUGGUGAGGAUGUUCUGUUGUAAACUUGUCUGAUUUAUUUUAACUGUAAAUAGAUUUGGUAAUGGGGAAGCUUAUUGCACUCUUAAGAAUCUGACCAUGGCCCUUUCUGCCAUGUGUGUAUUAAAAAGGGAGACAAUGACAAAGAAUUUUCCGGCAGCAAAGGUUGACCUCAGUGUAGUCUGAUGAAAUGUAAUCAUCUGCUCACAUGUACAGUGCUUCAAGAAGGGGUUGUUCAUUUUUACAACCUGAAUCACACACUGAUGCACUACUCACAGCGUCUGUGGUUGUCCUUAACAGUGAAUACCAGCACAAGCUCCCCCAAAUUAACCCUGGCACUGACUCUGUGGAAUCUGUAUAAACUCCUGUGAACACUUACCAGCAUUAGAAAAAAAAAAGGGAUGAUUGCUUGAAUUAAGAAACUAUGACUAUCUCACAUGUACCUGCUUUACGGUUGUUUUUUAACAGCCUUUUGAAUCACUAUUAGAUUUUUUUAAAAUAUUUUUGAGUCUCAGGUUGUUGGAGCGUGUUUAGCAUUAGCAAUAUUAUGUAAUGUAAUAUGUGCUGGUUAAGCUGGUUACUUAGUCUUUGAGGGAAUACAUACCAGACUGGUCAGGCUGUACUGUAACGGUUACUCCAAUUCAUGUUUUUUAGCAGGCAUUACAGUAACGAGGCUACUUUGUGAGGUAAUAUGAGUGCCACAUACCUCUAAUACAUCAGACCUACCUACUCAAACUUUCCAUGGGGGGUUGACGGUACAAAGUCAGUUUUCAGUUUUGUUAAGCACAGUGCCAUUACAUUUUCAUCUGCAUAUAUGAUCCUUGGGUUAUGUGAGAAGCCAUGCCUUCUUCUUAACCAUGACAUUUUUCUCUUCCUUUAAAUAGUUUUUUUUAUUUUUUUUUAUCUAAUGGUGUGGGUGGGUGUUGCUUAACUGUGCAUGAGAUGUCUGUGGCGUGUUGAACUUUUUUCUAUAUACAUUUAUAUAUAAGUGUCUACAUAUUUGAAACCUGUUAAUUUUUUUUACGGAAAGUUUUGUUACAGGAGAAAAAAGCACUGCAAUUAAAAUAAGUGGAUAAAGAUGUUUCUGUAAUUGAUUUCUAUUCUGUUUCUUCCUCUAUGCAAUAAAAGUAAAUAUUCAAAACC